AUGGAACUCUCCAAAGUCAGUCUCGUCUUCCUACUCACUGCCCUUGUGUUUGCCCAUGCUAGCCAAUCGAACCCACCACCGACAACGACCACAGCUCCAACUACUACAGCGACAGCCACUAAAGCUUCAAUGACCACAGAAGCAACCACCAAAGCUCCAGUGGAUACAGGGGCAACCACCAGAACUCCAAUGACUACAGAGGCAACCACCAAAGCCCCAAUGACUACAGAGGCAGCCACCAAAGCUACAACAACUACACGGAAAACCACCACAACUCCAAGGACUACAGCUACAACCACCACCAGACGAUCGUCCACAACUGCAACUGCUAGACCAACUACGACAACUGCACCACUGACGACAACUUCACCAACCACAACUUCUACGGUGCAAGCCAGCAGUGAAAUGACCACCUCACAAAUGUCCCUUCUUUCACCAUCUACUCCACUUCAACUCCUCAACUCCCUCAUUCUCUUCCUCACCUCCUAUGUACUUCUCUAA